AUAUAUCAUAUGUAUAUAUAUAUAUAUGUUUUUCUAGUAUAAAUGGCUCAUCUUACACCUAAUCAGUAUAUGGAGGAAAUAUGUAAAGCUAUUGAAAUUAAAAAUGGAAAUCAAUGGGCAGACCUGGUUGGUCAUAAACAUCCUCAUGUGGCAAGUUACAAAUUACAUCUACCAGAAGCUCAAAGUAUAACACAAAAGUUUUUUGACCCACCACUUGAUGAUAUGAUUGCUUUUCAUUUACGAGCAGUAUGGGCAGUCAGUGAAAAUAAUUAUAUUGAAGCAUACAAUUCACAAGUUUUGGUUGUACAAAGUUUUUUGAAAGUUUUUCAGUCAAUGAAAGAAGAAAACUGGGCAUUGCCUGUUUUGUAUAACAUUUGUUUAGAUUUACGUUUGUUUGCAUUAAGGGCAGAUUGUAAAAAUGUAAAAGAAGGGACUGGUAAAGAAAAUGAAAUUUUAGAAAAGUCAGCAGAAUAUAUUAUGAAUUGUUUUCGUGUUUGUGUAAGUGAUACUCGUGCAGCAAUUGAAAACUCUAAAAAAUGGGGAAUGCUUUCAGUUGUGAAUCAGUUAUUCAAGAUAUAUUUUAAAAUUAAUAAACUUCAACUUUGUAAACCAUUAACAAGAGCCAUUGAUAGUUUGCAAAUAAAGGACCAGUUUCCAAAAGCUCAUUUAGUAACAUAUAAGUUUUUUGUUGGAAAAAAAGCAAUGUUUGACUCUGAAUAUAAGCUAGCUGAUGAAUUUUUGUCAUAUUCUUUUGAGCAUUGUCAUAAAGAGUCAAAAAAAAAUAAACGAAUUAUUCUAAUUUAUCUUUUACCUGUUAAGAUGCAGCGUGGGAAAAUGCCAAGUCUAAAGCUUUUAAAACGUUAUAAUUUGCACCCAUUUAUUGAUGUUCGAAAUUCUGUUGUUUGUGGGAAUUUGCUUGCAUUAACAAAAGCUCUUGAUGAACAUCAAGCAUUUUUUAUUAAAGCAGGAAUAUAUUUGAUUCUUGAGAAGUUAAAGAUAAUUACCUAUCGAAACUUGUUCAAAAGAAUUUCUUUAAUUCUCAAUACUCACCAGCUAUCGAUUGAGGCAUUCCGUGUUGGUUUACAUAACAUGGGACAGACAGAUGUUGACACUGAUGAAGUCCAUUGUAUUAUUGCAAAUCUUGUAUAUGAAGGAUAUAUUAAAGGCUAUAUUUCAUUUCAACACCAAAAGCUCAUUAUUAGCAAGCAAAAUCCAUUUCCUGCUCUCACAACAUUUCUUUGAAAAUUGUUUGUUUAAAUAAAUACUCUUAUGGA